AUGCUUCACCGUGGCGCCAUCAUACGCCGGGCUUCAAAGUUUCGGGCUCUGAGUCCCAGCCAGCUACGCUACGCCAACAGCCUGGCUUCCUAUCAGAAGACCCAUGGAUCCGACCCUAGAACGUCCCUAGGAGCUUCCAUUGGAACAAAGCAAACUAUAAGUUUGGCUACCUCUGGUGCACAAAAGCCAUCAUGGGAACUGGCGCGUGCUAAGAUAGAGAGCGAGUAUGACGAUUCAAUGGUUGGGUUGAAGGGGGGCCAAAUAUUUCACGAGAUGAUGAAACGACAUGGCGUGAAACAUAUAUUUGGAUACCCUGGGGGUGCCAUUCUUCCGGUUUUUGAUGCCAUUUACGAGUCAAGCCACUUUGAUUUCAUUCUACCCAAACACGAACAAGGUGCUGGGCAUAUGGCACAGGGAUAUGCGCGGGCUACCGGAAAACCAGGCGUCGUACUUGUUACGUCUGGCCCUGGGGUGACGAACAUGGUAACACCCAUGCAGGACGCUCUAUCCGACGGCACUCCGAUCGUAGUCUUCUGCGGCCAGGUUCCUACAAGGGCCAUUGGCACUGACGCGUUCCAGGAAUCUGAUGCCGUGGGGAUCUGCGGGGCCUGUUCGAAAUGGGCUGUGACGGUCAAUUCCAUUGACGAGCUUCCCCAGCGCAUCACUGAAGCUUUCGAUAUUGCCACGUCAGGUAGGCCCGGCCCGGUUCUGGUCUCCUUACCAAGUGACGUUACGGCAAGUACGCUUCAAAGACCCAUCUCUACAAAAUCCAUGCUGCCAUCUCGUCGUCGUGUCGAAUCUCGUGCUAGAGCGACCGACAUUCAGAGCAAAGAACUUGAAGAAACUCUCAACCGGGUAGCAAGGCUGGUUAAUCUAGCUCGCAAGCCUGUUAUAUAUGCUGGACAAGGAAUCAUUCUACCCGAGAAUGGCCCAGAGUUACUCAAGGAACUAGCAGAUAAGUGCUCUAUCCCUGUAACAACAUCGCUUCAGGGGCUCGGUGCUUUCGACGAGCUCGAUGACAAGGCCCUUCAUAUGCUCGGGCUACACGGAACCGCUUACGCCAACAUGGCGGUCCAAAAUGCUGAUCUGAUUUUGGCCCUUGGUGCUCGUUUUGACGACCGCGUCACCAUGGACGUGUCGAAGUUUGCCCCGGCCGCGUUCACUGCCGAGAAAGAAGGACGAGGCGGCGUCGUGCAUUUUGAGAUACUACCAAAGAACAUAAAUAAGGUGGUUAACGCUACUGAGGCUGUCGAAGGGGAUGUGUCAACCAAUUUAAGACUCCUCUUGCCCCUGCUUCGAGCAGUUGAUCCCCUCGACGAGUCACGUAAAGAGUGGCUAUCUGCUAUUCAGGAAUGGAAGAGUACCUGGCCAAUAUCGGACUUCGAUCGGACCAGUCGGCCCGAAUUGAUCAAGCCGCAGGUUGUCGUCGAACGACUGAGUCACCUAGUCGAGGAUCGAAAGGAGGACGUAUUUAUCACAACCGGUGUUGGGCAACAUCAGAUGUGGGCUGCCCAACAUUUCAGGUGGAGGAAACCGCGCUCAAUGAUCACCUCGGGCGGACUGGGUACAAUGGGAUUUGGCUUACCGGCGGCUAUCGGUGCCAAGGUUGCGCAUCCAGACGCACUGGUGAUUGACAUUGACGGCGAUGCGUCAUUCAGCAUGACCUUGACCGAGUUAUCAACAGCGGCUCAAUUCAAUGUCGGCGUGAAGAUCCUGCUGCUAAACAACGAUGAGCAGGGCAUGGUCACGCAGCUGCAGAAUUCUUACUAUGAGGAUCGCUAUGCACAUGCGCAUCACGAGAAUCCCGACUUUGUGACGUUAGCUGAGUCUAUGCAUGUGAAAGCCCGCCGUGUCUCUGAUCCCCGAGAAUUGGAUGAGAGUCUCGCCUGGCUCUUGGAAACGCCAGGUCCAGCUCUUCUUGAGGUAGUGACAGACAGGAAAGUUCCUGUGCUGCCGACCGUUCCAUCUGGACGCGGCCUUGAUGAAUUCAUACCAUACAGCCAAGAAAAGGAGAUUCAAAGGCGGGAACUCAUUCGGCGGCGAACACAGGGUCUUCAUGGUUGA